AUGGAGGCGACACAUCAGCAUCCGAUAUCGUGCUUCAGCUUGUCCUCGCCUUUCCUGCAGGAGAUCACAAACACGGGUAUUUUUAGCUCCGAAAACAAGGAGAAUAUCCCUCCCGCUCGUCUUGGAAAGUCCUCAAACGAGGGUGGUAGGGGCUGCAGAAGCAGCUGGAAGAAUACUGGCAUCACACAACCGCACAACAACUCUCUUACCAGCUGCUGUUGCACACCCAUUACAAAUCGCCAGCGCACAAGCCACACGGGCUUAACACCUGGCAAUAAGUAUGCCACAGGACCACCGUGCGCUGGCACGCUGUUUCCAACCAAUACGAAUAUUUUGGAUGCCUCCUUGCUAACGGAGAACAGUGCUGGAGAUGUAAAGGAGACCAGCUGCCUUAUUACCCCGGUGAAGCGAUGGAAAUGCGUUGAUGCCGUGACGAAUCUCACUCAGGCUGCCGCGGACACGCCUUUUGCUCAGCAGAGCAAACUCUGUGAGCUGUUUCAAGGAGCAACAGUGCCUCUUCCACCGUCGAUGCUCCACACCCCGAAUACCAGUCUUGAAUCAACGCUGCUGCCAAGAGGCGUCUUACCGGAGAGUGACGAAGACGACGGCGACCUGAUGGAAGAGCCGGUAACUAAGAAACCCUGCAUAUCGGAAGCACUUCGCAGUGUCACACAGUCUCAGCCUUUCUUGCAGCCAUUGCAAGAGGAGUUUCCACAACAAUGGCUGCUGGAAAAGCAGGAGCUCGCCCCGCCCCCGUCAUCAUCGACGCCUGCCAAUGCGCAGCCUGCGCAAGAGCAACACGCUGUACGACGCACUGGCCCGCCGCCGGCGUACCCUCACAACGAAAAGCGUCAAAAAGUGACACGCGUGGCGAGCAGUAGCACCUCUCUUAUUGCCGUCAGUGGACGACGUGUCCCCAUCGACAAGUUGCAUCUUCUCCUGCGACCAGCAACAUCCGAAGGGAAGAGCGGCGUCAAAGGCAACGGUCCCACCACUGCUGAUAAUGGCAACUUCCCUUCUGGGUUUGACUCGCUCGCUUCUGCGCCACUCUUUCCCUCCUCGCGACCAAGGCCGACCGCCCUAAAGCCAGUGAAGGUGGUAUCGCCGCCUGCAGCGGCUACGGUCGCACCCAUGAAAAGGCCCUUGUCUCUUCCUCAGACCUGCGACUACGUCAUCCUCGAGUUUGCGCGCGGAGUGGUUAUGCGGUUUCAGGUGGGUCCCUCCCAACCUUUGCCGGUCAUGGGGCGCCGCUAUCUUGCAGCGAUCAAAAGCAGCCGUAGUCCGUACGGCAACGUCGCCUACGAAGAUGCCGGUGUCUGUGUGUAUUUGCAACGCCACCACAGUGAUGGCAACCUGGCCACCGGGGCGGUGCCGAGGUCGGCGCUGUACGAUGGAAGCAUCCUCCGCGAGGUAAGUGAGACCAUUGCUACCGACGCCGAGCGAUUGCAAGAGUUGCGAACCGCGCGUGAUAAGGCCACUGUGGAGUGCUGCAAGCAGUUCCGCUUCCUUAACUUACCGUUCGAACUUGUGGAUGUCUGCUACACGUUUGAUCGGAGCAUCUGCAUUGUCUACUACGCCAUCCAGCCGCAGGAGGGGACAAGCAGCCAACCGAACAUAUCCAGACUCUUGCGCAUGUUGCAGUUCACGCUGCGGACGAAAGUUUUCCUGAAGGGCAUCACACGCACAGAGUAG